AUGAGUGAGAAGGCCAAAGACAGGGAUAUGUGUGGUCUGCAAAGUUCUCCACCCUGCCCGGGAGCAUUUCUGUAUAUCCUUAAUUGUUUUCUUUUGUUGCUGCUCCAGAAGGAGUCUCUUGGCUGUCCAGCUGCUUGCCAGCUCUGCACAGGGAGACAAGUUAGCUGUCGUGAUUUAGGGCUUUUGAGCAUCCCACGGAACCUUCCAAAAACGACCAUUCUUGUGUACCUCAGUGGGAAUAAUAUAUCGCGUGUCACUCCAAAUGAGCUAAGAGGCCUUCAGAAGCUUGCUGCGCUCUACAUGGAUAACUCUGGUAUUUCGUAUGUACACCCAAAAGCUUUUGUGGAACUCCCCAAGCUGUGCUACUUGCAUCUAAAUAACAAUAAUAUUAAACGCUUGGAUCCGGGAAUCUUCGAAGGCCUUUCCAAUCUUCAUUGUUUAUACCUUCAGAAUAAUCAAAUAGCUUUUGUUCCCAGAGGAUUAUUUAGUGAUCUCCUUUCUGUUAGAUAUUUAACACUUCAAAGAAAUCGUCUCAGUGUCCUUGGAAGUGAGACUUUCUUGGGAAUGAUGAGCCUCCAAACACUUAACCUAGCCAAUAAUAAGAUUUCACGGAUAUCAGAUUCAGCAUUUCGUCAUCUUGAAAACCUUGCAUAUUUGUUCCUUGAAGGUAACAAUUUAACACUUGUGCCAUCAAAUGCUAUUGGAAGGCUCAAAAAUCUUGAAAGACUUUCUUUGUCUCACAACCCCAUUGGAUCAAUACAUUCUUUUGCAUUUAAAGGACUUAACAAGCUUAGAUACCUGUCUUUAAAAAAUGUAAAGCUAAAAUGUAUUGCUGUAAAUGGAUUUUUUGGAUUGAACAACCUCAGCCAGUUAAUAUUAAGUUAUAAUGAUUUAGAAAAUAUAAAUUCCAGCACUUUUACUGUAUUGAACAAUUUAAUGUAUCUGCAACUAGACAGAAAUAAAAUAACCAGUAUUGGUGAUGGUACCUUUGAAAAAAUGGGGCAAACACUUAAAAUACUCAGUUUAGCAUUUAAUAAUAUUACAGAGUUACAACCUGAAGUGCUCAAGCCCUUAGUGUCUUUAACUCACCUACAGGUAAAUUAUAACCCUUGGAACUGCAGCUGCAAAAUGCUUGGGUUACUUAACUGGCUAGCAUCAUCUCCUAUUUCUGUAAAAAUUCACUGUCUGAAUCCCCUCAGUAUGCGUGGUCGACCUCUGCAUUACAUUAAGUGGGCUCAGUUUGCAAACUGCCGUAGCCCUACUGCCAGCCCAGAAGCAGCCUGGAGUCAAGGGUCUGCAGGUGUCCCUCACAGUGCUACCACUUUGCUGAUGGCGUGGCACAAGGGAAACAAGCACAGCACACUUGAACAGCUUGAACAGUUUGUCAACGCAGAAACUAAAUAUGUUGCUUUCAGGGAAGGAACUACAACUGCAUCUGCUAACCCGUUGCCCUAUGAUGAAAAUGCUGCUCAAACUCCAUCAGAGCCAGCUACAGUGUUAACAACAUUACCAGUGCAAAUACCAGCACAGGUUAUACCUGUAAACAGAACUGUAGAAGAGAAAGGUUUAUUUCCAACAGGUGCUGCUCCUGUAUCAUUAAAAACAUCCUUGCUUUGUACACAACAGGUUGAAAAGCUGAGUCAGGCUUUUGACAUUUUACUAGCCUUUUUCAUUCUGGCUUGUGGUGUGAUCCUGUUCUUAACCUGUAAAAUUAUUCAGUUUAGACAGAAACUAAAGGUGCUGGAAAACUCAGGGGAAAAGAGAAUAGAAUAUUAUGGCUUCUAUCAGCCUGGCAGAUACAACAUAACUGACCCAGUGCAGUCUCUAACUCGGAAUUCGGUGGGGCGUUCAGAACUGGACCAAAUCAGGCUGCUCAAGCGAACAGCGUCUGAAAGUCAGGCACAGGUCAUACUGUUUGAACACUCAUCACUGUAA